AUGAGUGACGAGACCAAGAGUUGUGUAGAUUUGGACAAGGGAAUAGUUUAUAAUACGCUCAAGCAGAUACGACAAAGAGAUGAUACCGAUCCAGAAGUACCCGAUUUGAUACCUGUGUGGACAUGUACCAUUGAACCUCAACAAACGAAACGAUUCUUAUCAAUUUGUAAAGCAAAGUAUGAUGGUGAAGAAACAUCUUCCUUGAAGCAUUUGAAGAGGAUGAUGAAGGUGGACAAGAAUAUAAGGUCAAUUAUAUGUCCUUAUACGUCAAAUCUAGAAAAACAGUCAAUAUUGGAGUCGCUUGUAGGUGUUGAUAUUUUGGCACUCGAGGUUGUCCAAGUUCCGCAGUAUGCGGCAAACACCAAGGAAACAAGCAUACGAUGGUCGCAGAUAUGGCCAAUUACUUGGAAAGGUAACCCCAACCACCAGUUUUUGAACACGGUUAAGUUUGACAUGAGUUUAGAAAAGCAAAUGAUUAGUCAUCUUCUUGAUGCCUUGGCCGAUACCCAAUCAAAAAAAGGUUCAGCAACGAUCAUGGCGAAACAAGUGAACAACAGUAUUGAGAUUCAAACAAUAGCUACAAAUGAUGGAGAUAAUUGGCCUACGCAGCAUAGUGUGAUGAAGGCUAUCGAUAAUAUAGCUCAAGAUGAGUUGAGAAAGCGGAAAAAACACAAUCUUGAAAAACUGGAGAGAGGAUACUUGUGCACUAAUAUGAUAGUUUAUACUACUCACGAACCCUGUGUUAUGUGUAGCAUGGCUCUUGUUCAUUCAAGAAUUGUGCGAUGUACUUAUUUACAAUCUAAUCCUACUGGUGGUGGCAUGGAGUCUAGCUAUCAUUUGGGCGAUCGAAACGGGCUAAAUUGGAGGUUCCAAAUUUGGAAAUGGCUUGGAAGGGAAGAGCUAGAUAGAUUGCUGUAUUUGUCAAGUGGAGCACACUGA